CCUUAUCUGUAUAUAUAGAUAAGAGUAUUUGUUCGUCUUAAACCUCGAGAGCGCUACAAACACUUCAGAACUUGUUGGGAACACUUGAGUUUUCCACAAUGAGGAUUAUCGCUUUAGUUUUAGUGUGUGUGUUAUGUAGUUAUGUUGCUGCUGAGAAUGGUAACUCCGAUUUAGCCGACAGAUUAAAGGCCCUAGAGGAUGAACGUGCCCAGCUGGAGGCAGAGAUCAAUCUUUACAGAGAAAAGGCGAAACAUCUACUGGAUAUCUUCCGUGACGUUCUAAAAGAUGACGAUACUGAAUCCCCUUCGGACGAGCCAAUCACAAAGAGGCAGAUAGCUUGCAAUACCGCCACAUCCCAGGUAGUCUUCCACACACGACUCCUCCGCCAGAAGGAAUUCGCUACUAUUAAUGAGGAUAUCGUAUUCGAUAUUGUACACACCAACAUCGGAGGUGGCUACAACAGCUCAACUGGUAUCUUCACAGCUCCCAGACAGGGCAACUACCAGCUGAUGGCGAGCACAAUGGCGACCGACGGCAACUCCACUGAUGUUCGAAUGGUCCGUUCCUCUCACUAUCCAUAUACUAUCUGCAGUACUCAUGCCGGCACAUCCCACUCGUCCAUGGGGCUUUGUGUGGCGUUUGUCACAUUAGAAGAAAAUGAAAACGUGCGCGUGGAACAUUACCACCGAUCACACCAGGUGAUAGCUGGCGGGAAAUUUUCAUCCUUUUCUGGACAUCUCAUUAAUGAUAACUAAUACCGAGAAAUGAUUAUGUAGCUUAACAAUACAGUAAAGAUUCCUGUAAAAUGUC